AUGGAAAGAAGGAAGACGACAGCAGAAAGCUUUGGUUUUGGUAUUGCUUUGUCUUCAAGAUUCAAGUGCGGAGAGGAAUCUGAGAGAAACCAGACCAUUACCAAUUUCUUCAAACCAGUUUUAAACCAAGACCUUAGCCAUAAAGACAGAACUGUGUUGUGCUCACCAGACAGAGGAAAUGUAAAAGAUGCAGGAAUCAGACUUUCAGUUUUAUGUGCUGAACGUUUUGAAAAGAAAAUAUCUUCUCCAAAGAAGGUCCGAAGAAGAAAGAUGCCAGACCAAACACCAAACACAAGUCCUGUGGUAGAUGCCUUUCAGAGAGGAAUUAAAAAGAAAAAGGACAGUGUAAACAUUUUAGAGAAUGGCAGAGCAUGCAAGGCGCUGGAUUCAUUGUAUCCAAAAGUUGUGAUUCAAAAACUCCUUGUUACUGCAGGGUCUCACAGCUGUUUCUUGGCCAAAAAGGAUAAAACUGUUAAGUCGGAACAGGGAAGAAAUGAGAAGUGUCUGGGUGUAACAAGAGCACCAUUGUCUUGUGGAAAUAGUUGGGAACAGAAAACUGACUCUAUGGAUCUAGAAGACAGUAGUUCAGACUCUGACAGAUGGGUUUCACUGUCAGAAGCUGAUACUCAAAAAGCCCGCGCUAGAAAUAAUGGCACUGGGAACAACACGUCUCUGUGCCAAAACCCAGGUCUUCCCAUGAAAUUGCCCUGCACUCCAACUGAGUCUAAAUCUAGGUUGUCACUGGAACCUCUCUGCAGAGAAAGAAAGCAGAAGAAACAUAGAAUGAAACAAUCUAAGCCACAUCCUGUAAAGCCAUUCUCAGGAGCAGGUGUAUCACAUCAGGAUGAGAUUCUUGGUGCUGCCUUUUUCAGAUAUGACCUGCCUCAACCAAAGCCGAAGCAGGUUUCAAAACAUGAGGCAUCUUCUCCAAAUGCACUGAGAUCAUCAUCUGAGAUGGCUGCUGAUAGGUGGAAAAGCCAGUCUGUUCCUUCAUGCUGCCUUAGAUCCAAGAUGUCUUCUGAGCGAUCCAAACAAAUAGACUUUCCUGGGAAAAGAAAACAUACUGCCAUGAAUGUGGAUGCAGAUAGUUCAAAUCAAUCUGAAGUAUCAAGUUUGAAUGACCCUGCUUUUAGCAGAUCAUCUGCAAAAUGCAAAAAUAGGAGAUCUGACUUUGUAAAAAAUAUCCUUUUAAAGUCUACUUGUGGUGAUGUUCUGCAACUAAUGGAGGCUGCUCCUCUACCUGGACAUGAUUCUGCUCUUCCAGAGGAAUACCUCAAUUCAAGUGAUGAAAAUGAGAAAAAUAAUUGCUCCUCUGUAGGUUUGUCAUCUUCAUAUUCUGCACACAGUCCUGGUAAAAUUAACCACAUUUCUGUUGUGGAUACCAAAGAAAAUCAAUUGCAGGUGGCUAACUCACGCUUUUUCUUGGAAAAGUCCCUUCCUUUUUCUCAGGAAAAAAGUACUGUAUUGCCUUCUCUUCACCACUUAACACAAUCAAAAGGUGUGAAGUCUCAUCUCCAGAAUGCUGCCCUAUCUCAGGUAUUGGACGCUAAGAAAGAGCAAGUUGGGAAAAGACCAGAAAGACGUGCACAUGAUAAAGCUUACAGUAUUCAAUCCAGCAACAGUUUUUCAAAAACAAAAGACAAGACUUCAAAAAAUGCUUCUGGUUCUUGUUCAGUGGAAGGUUCUGGGAAACCUGCACUCUCAGAAGAGACUGGUAAAACUGUUCCCUGUUCAUUGCCUUUUAAAGAAGGGUGCAUGGACAGCAGCCAUGUAUCUUCACAACUCUCAGGAGAGUUAAAAGUUGAAAGCAUUGAUACAGACAAGCGCAAGCUGAAAGGAAAAUCAAGAAGCAGCUUUGAUAGCGAAGAUGAGAGUUUGAAAUGCAGUCUAGAUGAUGAUGAUGAUGAUGAAGUAUUCGUGCCACUGCAAGAAAUUCUCUGUUCAAAUCCCAAGCCACAGGCAGGAACCCUGGAAGAAUCUUGUCUUGACAGUUUUUCUCAGGACACCAUGACUUCAUUACUGAAGCUUCAUCUUUCUAAGCCUCCUGUUGUUAGCCAGGUGUCAUAUGUAAACAGCUUAGAACAUCUCUUGAAGGAGAAAGAAGAAUCUAAAAGGGUAGAUGAACUAGAAAAGCGGUUACAGGAAGACAUACAAGGCAGGGAGACUGAUUCUUCAGAUGACGAUGAGGAGAAUGGCAGUGGAGAGGAAGAUCUCUCAGAAGAACACAGGGCGUUUAUAAAGAGAUUUUCAGUAGUAGCUCAUGCCAUACCUGACUACCACCCUGGAGAAGAUAUAUUUGAUUUAACAACCUCUGGGAAAAUCUUCAAUCAGUAUAACCUUGACUUGAGGAAUUUUCACUUCGUCCCUCAAAAUCCUAUAGAAAAGCUCCUUCUUAGUUCUGGUGCGACACAGCAGCUUUCUUUAGCUAUUAAUCAUUUUCUAAGUUCUGCUUACAGUUGUAUCUUGUGUCCCAUACCAAUUCUAAAGUGGCUUUUCCAGAUGAUGUCUGUUCAUCCUGACUAUUGUGUUUCCACACAGAUUUUAGACAGAUUGAUGGAGAUAACACUAAAAAAUGGUGAGCAUUUGAAGGAUGGAAAACUGACCACCUGAAUGAAAGCAUUUCCCGUGUGUUAAGU